UUGGCCUCGAUCACCUUCAACCAGUCCAGUCUUGCCACAGUCCCACUGGACACUACGGCCGUUCCUGGUGCUCAGCCAACCUUAGCUGGCGCCCCUCCUCUACCGAACUUCGCCUCGCUUUCUCCUUCCAACUAUCCUGCACUCGACCUUCCACCACCUACAGAUUCGCAACUAGUACAGCAGUGGAUUCAAGAUGUGGCGAAUUCUGGCUUCUCAAUUCCCAACAUACCCGUCAAUUCACCAGGUGGAUGCCCCAAUAACACAGCCGCUGCUGCAGACUCCACGCGUUGUUGGUGGACUUGCGGUGGUUGUACAAGAGACACUGACAUCACCACUUGUCCCAAUACCCUACAAUGGGGUCUCACUUACGACGACGGCCCAGGAUAUUACACUCCCAAUCUACUGGACUAUCUAGACCAAACGAAUCUGAAAUCGACAUUCUUUGUCGUUGGCUCUCGCGCCAUUCAAUUUCCUGCUUAUCUUCAGGCCGAGUACAUGGGAAACCAUCAAAUCGCCGUUCACACCUGGAGUCAUACGGCCUUAACCACCCAAACCAACGAGGAGAUCAUUGCGGAGCUCGGCUGGUCAAAGAAGGUCAUCAAGGAUGUCCUGGGUGUGACACCCAACAUGAUGCGGCCGCCGUAUGGGGACAUUGAUGACCGUGUUCGAGCUAUUUCAAUCGCGAUGGGCCUGACACCCGUCAUCUGGACACGCAUCAGUCCCACUGCCACUUUUGAUACGGGUGACUUCAAUAUUCACGGAGGUUCGAUUUCUGUAGAGCAAGUGUUGCAAAAUUGGGAAUACAUUAUCAGCAAUGCUACAGCUAUGAGCAGCGGUUUCAUCGUGCUGGAACACGAUCUUUUUCAACAAACUGUCGAAGUCGCGACAGGUUACAUCCUUCCUGAUGCUUUGGCCCAUCAACCACCUUUCACGAUCGAGCCGAUCAUCUCUUGCCUGAACAAGCCGAUGACAGAUGCAUACAUCGAGACUAACAACAACAAGACCAACCCACCCCUCGCAUCUGGUACG